ACGCACGCUGGAGAAAACGAAACAGAUAAAAUCACUACAACUUCACCGUGCGCCUUCAGUCACGAGGAUUCAUACCAACAGCUGUGCGCAAAAUUUACUUUAUGGAAAGACAUCAACCCUUUAGGGAUUAAUGUCAAACUGGAUUCAACGUGCCAUAUCAAAUGAGUUAAUUGUCACGGUGAUGCUCAAAUAAAUAAAAUGCUGUGUCUGCGUGACUCUGGAGGCUGCCUGCGGGACCAGAUGCACUACAUGAUGAGGUCCCUGCAGGACCUGAAGCACUUUAGAAGGACCUGCCCUGCUGCUGCCCCUGCAAUCACCCCUGCCCACCGCUCUGUAGUGGCACGAGCCUGCUAUCAGAGGGCACUUCAGCUGGAGCGCCGUACCCGUCUGCGCAUCUCUGACGCUAGUACGGCCAGCACCUAUGACUCAGCCUGCUGUCUGGCCAGUCCUCUGGAGGAGGAGGAGGAUGCAGGCAGCCGGCUGGGUCUUGGCCUGGGUCUGACCUCCCCCAGUAGUGAGAAAAGUCUGGAGUUUGACUCUGGCUACUCUGAGGCCUCCUGGCAGGACGAGGGCGUGGUUCUCAGGAGGACCAGGAAUGUACGGGUGUCCUCCUCUGCCUGCCUCCGCACCAACCUGGCCCCCAGUGGCCGGGUCCGACCCAAAUCCACAUCAGACGCAUCCCUGGAGAGUUGGACCUCAUUCGAGGCCAAUGACCCUGAGGACUGGACCACAUCGCUGCUGACACGGGGACGGAACAGACAACCUCUGGUACUGGGGGACAACAGCUUUGCUGACCUCAUACAGAACUGGAUGGACCUACCGGACUUCCCCGAACCAGCAGAACUGAAGCCCAGCUCUGGGUGCAGACUGGCUCGAGGCUUCUUGGUCAACAUGAGGCGGAAAAUAGCUGGCAUGUCAAAGAGUGUAGAGGAGAGGGUGAGGAUGAGGUCCUCAGAUUCUUCUUCUCGUGUGAGUCGGACAGCUAUGGCCCCCAAACGACUCUCCUGCCCCCUAGGGGUGCAGGCCCCUGCCCCGCGCCAGUCCCCCUUCUUCCACCAGUCCCACUCUGGCCUUCAUGAUCUAGACACAGACUUCUAUCAAUUCACUGCCCUCAUGCAGACUGGCAGCAGACAGCCUAUUAUCUGUAAUGACAUCAUUGGCUACAUCUGACUCCAGGUCAGCCACUAACAGACUCUUAUUCUGAACAAUAGACAAUGUUUCCCAAUAUUUUUUUAAAUGUUAUCACUAUGUUCUGACUAUAAGCUGCCAAAAAUAAAACAUUGUAUUAUUUGAAAUUGGAAAUAUUUGUUGUGUCAUUAGCUAUGUUUCCAUGAACUUUUCCAUCGAUUUUUUUUCAUAGAAAAUACAUUGCCUUCAGAAAGUAUUCAUAUCCCUUUGACUUACAGUGGAUGAAAUUGCUGUUGUUUUUUAGCCAUCUACCGACAAUACCCCAUAAAGACAAAGUGAAAACAUGUAUUUACAUUUUUGUGCAAUUUACUGAAAAUGAAAUGCAGAAAUAUCUAAUUUACAUAAGUAUUCAGAACCCUGAGUCAAUAAUUUGUUGAAGCACCUUUGGCAGUGAUUACAGCUGUGAGUUUUUCUGGGUAAGUCUCUAAGUCACCUGGAUUGUGCCACAUUUGCCCAAAUAUUAAUUUUAAGCUCUGUCAAAUUGGUUGUUGAUCAUCGCUAGACAACCAUUUUCAGGUCUUGCCAUAGAUUUUUCAAGUAUAUUUAAGUAAAAACUUUAACUUGGCCACUCAGGAACAUUCACUGUCUUCUUGGUAAGCAACUCCAGUAUAGACUUGGCCUUGUGUUUAAGGUUAUCCUGCUGGAAGGUGAAUCCUCUCCCGCAACGGAGUUAGGAAGGACGCCUGUAUCUUUGUAGUGACUGGGUGUAAUACACCAUCCCAAGUGUAAUUAAUAACUUCACUAUGCUCAAAAUAUUCAAUGUCUUUUUUCUUUUCUUUACCCAUCUACCAAUAGGUGCCCUUCUUUGCGAGGCAUUGGAAACCCCCCAUGGUCUUUGUGGUUGAACUUGUGUUUGAAUUCACUGCUCGACUGGGGGACUUUACAGAUGUGUAUGUGUGGGGUACAGAGAUGAGGUAGUCAUUCAAAAAUAAUUUUAAACACUGUUACUGCACACGGAGUCAAUGCAACUUAUUAUGUAACUGUAACAGUAUAGCUUCCAUCCCUCUCCUCGUCCCAGGGACCCUCUGCACACAGACUACAUUCACCUUCAAAGCAUCGUUACCCAUCGUUCCACAAAAGCCGCGGCACUUGCAGAGCAAGGGGAACAACUACUUCAAGGUCUCAGAGAGAGUGACGUCACUAUUGGCACGCACCACGCUGACUAGCUAGCCGUUUCACAUCCGUUACACUCACCACCCUUUUGACCUCCUCCUUUUCCGCAGCAACCAGUGAUCCGGGUCAACAGCAUCAAUGUAACAGUUUAGCUUCCGUCCCUCUCCUCGUCCCUAACUGGGCUCGAACCAGGGACCCUCUGUCCACAUCAAUAACUGCCUCCCACGAAGCAUCGUUACCCAUCGUUCCACAAAAGCCCCAGCCCUUGCAGAGCAAGGGGAACAACUACUUCAAGGUCUCAGAGCGAGUGAUGUCACCGAUUGAAACGCUAUUAGCCCGCACACCGCUAACUAGCUAGCCAUUUCACAUCGGUUACAUAACUUGUUAAGAAUAUUUUUCACUCCUGAACUUAUUUAGGCUUGCCCUAAAACAUGGGUUAAAUACUUAUUAACUCAAGACAUUUCAGUUUUUUGUUUUUAAUUAAUUAGUUAAAAUUUCAACAACAAAAAAAUAUAAUUCCACUUUGACAUCAUGGGGUAAAAUAAUAAUUCCACUUUGAACGCAAAGCAGGGUUUAAUUACUGGGUUGUUCCAUUUGAUGUCAAAGAUUUCACUUUUUGACCGAACCCCUUUUGAUUUGAACGACACUUUCCAUACUCAUUUGCCCAUAGUAGAAGAGGUCAGAAAGUGACUUUUUGGUGCCAAAACAUUCAGGAGAUGGAGGUGCUGAAAGUUACCGCAUUUUGCAUACCCCACACUACUGUGAGACAUCCUUGUUUUCAUCACUGAAAAAUAUAAAUGGUUGAGUUGGAUAUAGUUGAAAAGCUUACAAACAGGGUUGUCAAACUAUUUUGUAAUUUCUUGAAAUAAAUGUUUUUUAAUUAAAGUUAUGUCAACCA